AUGAAGUUUAUACCGCAAUCCGCCAUUCCGUAUAUUGUUUUAAUAGGCGCUUUUUUGUACAAUCUUAGUAUUGCACUAAUCAAUUCCUAUGGAAAUCUGAGCAUUUAUUUGACCUCAUAUUUGAGGUACAAGGGGAAUGAUGUGACAUACAAAAGCGUAUCAUUUAUUUAUGAAUUGGCAGUCUCAACAAUACCACUAUCGAUGAUAUUAGGAAGUUAUGCCCAAAAAAAGUUAGGAGACAAAUUAACUUUGUUUAUAUCAUGCACUGGGACCUUUAUAGCAAUGUAUAUAUCCUCAAUAUAUGCACAUUCUUAUUAUACAUUAUGCUUAUUUAUGGGCAUAUUAUAUGGAAUAAUGCAUGGUAUAUCAUAUCCUAUUCCCUUAUCCUGUGCAUAUAAACAUUUUAAAAACAAUAGAGGAUUAAUAAGUGGCAUUGUUAUAUCUGGAUUUUCUAUAAGUAUAUUCUUAUAUUGCCCAUUACAAACAUUUAUCAUAAAUCGAAAUAAUGUAUUACCAAUUAAAGAUGAAAAUGGUUCAGAAGAACUAUACUUUAAAGAUGUUAAUGUUUUAAACAGAGUACCAUAUGCUAUUUUUAUCCAAUCCAUUGUAUUUUUAACUUUGUCAACUCUCGGAGGAUUAAUGGCAACAAUCAAUACACCAAAAGAUUCGAUCGAUAGUGACAAUGUUGCAGUUUUAGAUAAAACAAAUUCAAAUGGAAAAUUUGGUGAUAAUAAUACUCCUUGUGAUGCAGAAAAGGGAGAUAAUGCUGAAUCUGGUUUAUCCAAGUCAUUAGAAAAAAAAAAUGAAUCUGAAAUUACAAAUAUGGCUGAUUAUUAUACUAAUUUAUAUAAAGGAAGAAAUUUUAUUUUUUUUAUAAUUUAUGGUCCUUUAAGCUUUUUUAGUAAUAUAAUAUAUAAAAUAAGAAUACGAAAAGGAAAAUACCUUAAUAAAAAAUGUACAGAAGAUGGGCUUUUUUAUGUUUUAUGGAUGUCUAUUGUUUUACUUAACGCAUAUCUUAAUUAUAUAGCUAUGUAUUGGAAAAUAAUAGGAGUAACAUAUACACAAGUUGAAGAUACUAUAAUUACACUAAAUGGAAGUUUAAUAAAUAGUGUGACAAAUAUAGUAGGAAGAUUAUUAUGGGGAAUGAUAUAUGACAAAAUGAGUACAAAUGUAACUAUAUUAUUACUUGGACUUUUGAUUACAGCUUCAUGUUUUACAUUACCUGCAGUUGCCCAUAUAUAUCCUUUAUUUGCAAUUUGCUGUGGGGUUUUAUUUUUUUGUAUUGGUGGAAAUCUAGUUACUAUACCUGUUAUUACUUUAAAAAGAUAUGGGGAAAAAUAUUUUACUUUAAAUGUAGCGAUUUUAUAUACUUCAAGAAUAGCUAGCACAGUUUUAUGCAGUUUCGUUAUUAAAUAUUUAUAUGAAUGGCUUCAACUUAGAUAUUUAAGUUCAGCCUUUGGGGUCCUUUCUAUGAUUGCAGCCAUCGUUAUGUUUGUAAUUACAGCUGAGUAG